GGCCGUUGUCGGCUGUCCACUAAAGGGCGCUGAAAGCUUACUGUACUCUUCAACAACUCCAGCAUUAUUGGAUCCCUAAUAGCUAACUAAAAUAUAUUUACUAAUUGAAAGACGCCAUGCAUUGAAUGAUAUAUUAUUUUCAAUUCAUCAGCCCAUCAUUGCGUUUCUCUUUGUUAUCACUGGGUAUCGCAGUCUCGGAGCUUUGAAACCAGCGUGCGGCAGCAAGAGUCGGACAGCAAAGUAUUCGACUUGAUUAAUGAAAUCCAAUUAAAACAAAAUAACAAAAUAAAAAUGAAUAAAGUUUGCAAUAACUGCUGCACAAAACUACCGGAGGCAAAAAAAAGCAAAAAAGAGAGAAUGGAAACUAUUAUUCCAAUAGGGCUUGAACCUAUGACUGACUCGCAAUCCUAACACUCGCUCAAGAGCAUGGUAUUAGUACGAAGCUCUAACAAAACUGAGCUAUGGAAGACAGUGGCUUUUAUUGAAAGAAGCGCUUUUAAUUUACUAUAAGACCCUAUGUGUCUUAUUAUGCAGGCGAAUCUUCACGGAUCCUUCACGGCCACGGAAGAGUUGUUGGUCGGUCUUGAGAAGUGGAGUGAAACAUCAGAGGGGCAGGCAAUUGGGGGAUCCGACAUGGAUCGGCCCGCCGCUAAGGCGUGGCUGGGCGAUGAACGGGACCUGGGAUCGGUAUUAAUGUGACAUACAUAGAUGAGACGAAAAUGGAAGAGAGCUUUGUAGUAAUGGCUAAUUUAUCAUUGUAUUUCUUCCCUUGCGAUAUUGGUGUUUUUUUGGUGUUAGCAUCACGGACGCGCUGUCGCUCCUCUGCCUGGCAGCUGCCUGCGCCAAUACAGGUUGCUCCUCUGUUGCUUCAACCACUGCCUCUACAACUCCACCACAUCACUUCAAUAACUCACCAGCUGGCAGUUUACACACACGUUGCUUUUGAGAAUUUAUAUUUAAGAGUACCAUCUUCCCCGCUACAUUCUCUUGAAAUGACAGGUUCUACCACAGCCAGCUCAACUACAGCCAUGGAUGACGAUAGCAUACCACCUCUCCUGGAUCCAACGCUGGAUGUAAACACUCUCCGCGACAUACAACGGCUAGAAAGCAUUUACGCCAUCAAGAAGACCGUAGACAUCUACAACACGGCCGUGAACCACGCAGCGGCACUAGCUUCCGAAACCAUCUGCCGCAUCCUCGAUAAAUGCGACAAUGAUCUUCCGUCUGUUAGUGCAUCAAGCGACAAUAGCCUUCCGUUCAUUAGUACAUCAAGCGAUGAUAACUCCCCAUCAGAAAUUACAGCAUGCAAUGUUGACCUCGCGACACCACCCCUCGGAUCAUUAUUGGAUGAGUUUCUCAGAUGCCAGUCUCAACCAACACUAGAUUCAGCUUUGGACAUCCUGUCCACUGGAUCUACUGCCGAGAUUGAGGAGUUAGACUUGUUAGCCCCGCCAAUUCUGAUUCCCCGCAGACUAUACCAUUCAAAGGCCGCCGAGUCAAUCACAAACCCCAGUCCAGAUUCAACGAAAGACGCAGCCGUCGAUCCCGCACUGCUCAUUUCACAAAAUGGAACCACAUUAAACUAUACACAGGAUGCCUUUGGUCUCAACCUUGUUGCCCACGGAGGAGCCAAUAAAAGUAGGCGGAUCUUGGUGACUGACAUUCCACCAAACUGCCCUCCAUCUCGACUAGUACACUACUUUGCAACGUUCGGUCAAAUCAUCACCUGUGCCGUACUACCUAAUACCCUUUCAAGAAUUAAUAGCGAUAAAAGCAUUUUGAUCGAAUAUUUAUCGCCAGCAGCGGCUCUUGCGGCCGUGUCCUCGUCCAAAAGUAGUCCAAUUAAUGGAAGCGACUUGGAAGCCCCUAUAUCCGUCGAGUGCAUCAAAACUGCUUCCUUCCCGCUUCGAAAAUCGACAUCUGCUACUAUAUCUGCAAAAGGUGUUACAAGAACCCUGUGUAUUCGUGGGCUGACCCAAGAUACAUUGAGUAAACAUCUAAGCAAGCUUCAGCCGGCAACAAUCAUCAGCAAGCGCGAUGUCGCCGACAAGAAAGAGACCAUCAUAGAGACCACAAGUACAUAUAUUGCUUUGGGCCUCUCUCAAACCUUCAGCCGUUGCUCUUGUUUCGUGCCUGACCCAACGUCGCCUUUGCCACAUAUCCCGUAGGCCAAUACAGUUCGGCGCCACAAUGACAAAGGCAUGGUAACUGGCGAUAGAUAUUUAGAACGUUUGGUGCUUGGUUUAAUAAAGCUUUAUCCUCAUUACAUGAAUACAUGAUGUCUUUCGUAGGCCCAGGCUAUACUUGGCCAUAGCUAUAAUACAAUUGACUUCCGUUUCUAUGGGGCAAACGGCCAUGACAACUUUGUCUGCUUCAGACCGCUGGGGGUAUCUUUGGGUUUUGCAAGGCGCCUCGCCUUUUCCUUUUCCGCUUUCUCCUUGAGGAAUUCUUUUACCAAGGCUUUGGGGAGAUUUGCUUCUGGCUCCCAAGUCGGAUUCUUAUCCGGCGGCCAGUUCCCUUCCCACAAAACCUUGAAGUAUCGAACCCGUCCUCUGCCUUCCACAAUAUACUCAUUCAUAUCAUCUAGCCGCUUGACAGUCCAUUCUUCUUCCUCAGUCUCGGGGCUUGCGAUUUUGGGAACGGGCUUUUUAUAGUUUGGCUUGGGGGGAUUGGGUUUCGCGGCUUUUGAUGCGCUUGACGAUGGAGGCUGCAACCAAGCUUCGUGUACCUCACUUGUAGAGUUUGGUACGCGACUCAUCAACGGUGUUUCUGGUGGCAUUAUAAGAGGAAAGCUAUCCUCAUCGCUCUCUGAGUCUUCGACGAGGAUGUCUCCAUGCUUCACUUCCGCCCAAACCUGUGCAUCAGCGGCAGCCUGGCUUCCUGCUGGGCUGCCUUCUGCGGUAAUCGCGGCAUAACCUGGCUGCUCCUGUCGUGAUGAACUGCUUUCAUCAUCUACUACCUCUUCUAGGUCCUGUAUCUUGCGUUUCGUCGGUGUCGAGAGGCUCAUAGUCCCUGAUUUUGGACGGCGCAAGUCCGACUCGGCUGUGACAACCACAGCUGAUUCAAUGUUGGAGCCGUGCGAUUUCGGUGGUCUUUCUGGCCGUUUCUUGCCUGCCUGUUUGUCUUUCUCCAACGAGGCACGUCGUUCCUCAAGUUUCAUCUCGGUGUCAAAUUCAAAUUGCUCAAAGACAAACGGCGACACAUAGUCAAGAAUAUUCAGAACUGGGACAAGCAGUCUGGCUGCCGGCUGGUUCUUCCAGCCGACGAUGUACGUCAUUCGUUUCGGUAGAGGUUUGCCAUCUCUGGCCAGCCCUGGGGACGGCAGCAAAAUGCGCUCUAUUAUAUAAGCUUCGGAGUCGCUUGGUGGUUGUAAACGUAGCUUUUGCAGUGGCGGCCCAGAUCCAGGUGUGUAGGCAUUCGGCACUGGUAUAUCGAUUCGAGCCCGAGCGGUUCUGUUAUUCGAAGUAGUAGUUGCUGUCACGGUUGCGGCCUCGGGGGCCGUACCUAAAAUGACCAUUGAAACAGCAUUUCGCCACGGCCUUGCUUCAAAGCGAAGAGUCGGUCACCAUAGCAUGUUGCGAUGGCUGUUUUGCUAGAUCCAGUGUCGCCGUUAUGGAGAGGCUGUGAAGGUUGUGAAGGAGCUACUAGCCACAGGACCAAGGGUUUUAUUUUUUGUCGAAUUAAAAAAUCACUUGCUAUCCUUCGCAAAUGUGGUUUCUCUAAACAGCAAACAGAACGCGUUUUGUCGUGGAUGGAAGUCAAACAACCAUAACUUGCUACGGACACCCGCGACCAAUUAGCGGCUGCUGGC